CUCAGAAAUUAAAACAAAUAAAUACUUCGUAUAAAAUUAAAAACCCUAGAUUAAAACCCCUCUUUUUAUCUCAACUCCUUUUCAAAAAAUUCCCUUUUUAUCUCCUCUUAUUAUCAGCCGUUGAAUAACCCUAGAAAUUCCCAAAACCUCUCAUUUCCAAUCUCCAUUUACCCCACCAAAUCAAGAAAAGUUGAAGCUAAAUUGAAUCAGACCCACUCAAAUAUGGCCAAAAAGAAGAAUACCCAGCAAACUCAAACCCCAGAAAUUCCCUCAAAAAUGGAGGAAAAUAACCAGCUUCCCGCCGCCAUUGAUGAACCUGCUGCAACUGAAAAGGAUAAGGUUAAAAACUUGCAGAAUUUGAAUGCAAUGCUUCUCAGGGAGACUGUUGAGAAGCGGCAAGAAGUCAAAUCGCUUGACUCGGAGCUGAGUAAGUGUAAGUCGGAGAUUGAGGAGCUGAGGGCUGAGUUGACGCGGGUGAAGGAUGAAGGGGUUGAAGUGGGAGUGGUGAAGGAGGUGGUGUCUGUUUUCAUGGAGUCGGAGAUAGUAGGGUUGCUAAAGAGGGAGAAAGAGGAGGUGGUGAAGAGGUUGGAGGAAGUGGAGAGUGAAAUGGGGGAGGUUGCGAAGGAGAGGGAUGAGAUGGUGAAGGCGAAGUUUGAUGGGGAUCAUGAGAUUGGGUUGAUGAAGAAGCUUGAGAAGGAUCUUAGGAAUGAGAUUAAGAGAGAGAAAGAGAGUGUGAAUCAAGCGAUUCGGGAGAAAAAUGAGUUGAAUCACGAACUGGCUGUUCGAGUUGAGGAGGUGAAUAUGUUGAGGAAGAAUCUGGGUGUGGCGGAAUCAAAAGAGAGGGAUACAGUUGUAAAAUUGGAAAGGUUGAAGGAGAAACACGAGGUUUCGGUGAAGGAGGUGCAAGAGAAAGAAGAGGAGAUUGAAAGGCUGAGAAAGGAAUUGAGUUUGAUGGGGAGGAAUUGUGUUGAAUUGGAAGGGAGAAUCGAGGGUUUGAGUGACGAAAAAGAGGCCAUUUCUAGGGAGAAUGGAGUUUUGUCUAAGGAGAAGAAUGAGAGUAAUGUGAGAAUCAGUGAAUUGGAGAGGGAAGUUGAUCAGUUGAAUGGUGUUGUGUCGAGUGCAAAGGAGGAUGAGGAGAAAUGGCGGGGGAAGUUUUAUGAAUUGGAGAAGAGUAAUGCUGGUACAAUGGCAGAACUGGUGGAUGUGAAGAAGGGGUUAAGUGAUUUGCUGGAGGAGAAGGCAGAGAAGGAGAGGGAGAUUGAGAGUUUGAAAGGUGAGAAAUGGAGUUUGGAGGCGAAAUUGAGAGAGACGGAGAAGGGGCUAGAGAAAGCAAAGCAUGUUAAGGAAGAACUUCUUCAACAGAAGAGUAAGUUUGAGGAGGUGCAAGAGGUAGUUUCUAGGAUAAAGAAUGACUUGUUACAGGCUCGAAGUGAAUUGUCAUUGGUGAAAGAAUCAAACAGGGAUAACAUGGAACUGAAGAAGAAAUUAGCCUCUGAAAUUGAUGAUCACAAGAGUGAAUUAGCUCGAGUUACCAAUGAAAAGGAUGAGGUUAAGAAGACAUUAGAUGCUGAGAAGAAGAAUGGGGUGACAUUGCAAGUUAAGGUAUCGGAAAUUUCGAAGAAAAUGGAGGACACUGCCAAAGUGAUUGAGGAAUUAAGGGCUGCAAGUGAUACCCUUGUGGUUGAAAAGAAAGAGAUAGAGAGCAAGUAUAGCAAACUGAUGGAAGACAAGGAGUUGUCUGACAAAGAUUUCGCUACAAUCAAGGAGUUAGUCAAUGAGUUAGAGGAUUCAAUGAAGGUGAAAACCAGGAUGUUCGAUUCUGUUGUAGCAAUGGUGCGUAAUGCUGUUGUUCAAUUGUCAAUGGAAAGCGAAAAGAAGAGUGAAGUUGAAGGAAUGAAGGUGAAUGAGCGAGGCAUGAAUGGUGAAAUGGAACCGAUAUUGACAGAAUUGGAAGCGAUGAGGUCGGCAUUUAAGAGUAGGGAAGAGAAGGUAGGAGAAGUACAACAGAAAGUGGAAAACUUGCAAUGCUCUUUGAUUGAGGAAAGGAAGAAGAAAAGCUUUUGGACUUUGGUUUCAUCUGCAACAACCAUUUUGGCUGCUGUUGUUACCUUUGCUUAUGCUUCAAAGGUUCGUUGAUUGGUGGUGAAUAGUGAAGAAAUCCUCCUUUUUGCUAAAAGAGAUGUUAGAAUGACUAAUUUUGUUGACAUUUGAAAAACUAGGAUGUUUUCUUCUUUUAUGAAAGGAAACAUUGGUUUAAUUUUGUUUUACUCUUACUUGUAGUUGUUGUACUACUUUAGUACUACUCCUCCUACGGUCCUACUACUACGGAGUAAUGUUCUUGGUGAAAUUGCAAUGCAAUAAUAACAUAUGAAUGCAAUCUCGUUCGAUUA